UGAUCAAUUCCAUCUACCACAAACUUGUUGCUGUUAUGUACAGCUCAUAUGGUACUAAACAAAACAUAGAAGCCAGAACAGAUUUGGUCGACAACAGAUACGAUGUCAGCUGCGAACCUGAAAGAAAAUUCUCUGAGGAACAACGCAACAGAGAUCCUACAAUAACAAAGUAAAUGGCGUAUGGGUAGAUGAUUGCGAUUUGUUUUCCUGCCUUGACCAGGUCAACCCAUUUGAGGAAGGAUGGUAUAAUGGCAACUUGGCGAGAAGGAUUCAUUUAAGAAGCGGCCAUGGCCGCAACAACCACCGUCCUCUCCCCUCCCCUGUGGUUAAGUUAGGUGGGAGAUUAGGUUUUUAAGCUUUGAGCUGUUCCUUUGGCUCCAUCCUCCUUUCCAGUCCAUAAAAAGCACAGCACAUUCCAACUGCCACCUUGCUCCGCCGCGUUCCGUCGCCUCACAGCUGUGUGUGCUGCCCCGUGAACUCUUCUGUUCCGUUGUGCGCUUCCCUUUAAUUAGGCCGCUGUCAGCUCCAGCAGGCUUCUGAAACUCCAAUCAUAAGAACCACCCUGCCCCUUCCAUCGCUCCUGCCUGCCUCCCUUCCGGCUCUCUCUCUCCUCCUCGUUUCCUCUCGUCAAUUGUGAUCGAGAGGACAGCGAUAGAGAAGAAGGGCGGGGAGGAGAAACAAGGAUCGCCCAAGAGGUUCUUUCUGAUCAGUUCAUCGCCAGGCAUCAUCAUCGUCAUCAUCAUCAUUAUUUCUUAAUGGCCCAACAAUAUGUGGAGCCUGAGCCUGACAUGACAAACUACAUGGAAUGGCAUAGUACUGACCAGAACAAUGAAUUCAAAUAUGCAGAAACACCUCCUAACACCAACGGGGAAGAGAAAAACGGGGAAAGGGCCGGUGGUUCCCAAGUUCGGCUCUUGGGACGCCGAGAACAUCGGCUACACCGUCUUCUUCGAGAAGGUGCGCGAGAACAAGGCCGCGCCCGUGCCGGGCACGGCGGCGCCGGCGCCAGCGCCCAGGGGGCACGACGACCAAGAGUUCGACCCGUAUGAGUACUACGAGAACCUCAGCCGGAACGUGCCCUUGCGCCCGCCCAGCUCGCACGGGCACCAGACGCCGGCGCAGCAUUACGACCACCUCGGCGGUAACGUGCCAUCGCGCCCGCCGAGCUCGCACGGCCACGGCCACCCGUCGCCGGCGCAGCACUACCCCCCGCAGCACGGCCACGGGGGCUACCACCGGCGGAACGGGAGCAACGGCAGCAGCGCCGCGUCCGAGGUCAGCAGCCGCGCCAGCAAGUUCUCGCCGCCCAGGCCGUACCAGCCGCGGUACGGCAACAACGGCGGCAGCUACCACCAGCCCCAGCAGCAGCAGCAGCAGGCCGCCGCCGCGUACGCCGCCCCGGUGCCGAGGCACCACCAGCAAGCGGCACCGGCGCCGAGGGUCGCCGCGUCCCCGCCGGCGAACGAGCGGCGCCCGGGCCAGGGCGCGCCACCGCAGGCCCGUGCCGCCAAGGCCCCGUCGGCCGUGCCCAAGUUCGGCGUUUGGGACGAGCAGAACGCGAACGCGGCGGCGCAGGGCUUCACGGUGCAGUUCGAGAAGGUGAAGCGGCACCGGGAGGUCGCCAAGGCCGCCGCGCCGGACGUGCCGCCGGUCGCGAAGCGGCAGCUCUCGCCGGACCGGGUGGCGCCCACGUGGGGCCACCCGCGAAGGAAGCCCAAGAAAUCCUUCCUGUCCAAGGUCUACGGGUGCCUGUUCCCAGUGGUCAGACAGUGACGGGGCAGCUGGUUCAUCUUAUAUACUCCUAUGUUUUUCUGGAAGGAACCCUGUAGUGUAUACAGUAUUUCAUUUGUUCAUUCGUUGUUCGUUAUGAGUAAUAUAUAUACUCCUUGGUAUUAAUAAAUCAUGGCAAGAUAAAAGCACUUGGCGUAUACGUAUUUGACGUGCCAAACUCUGUGUA